AUGACUCGGGGUAAUCAACGGGACCAGGACCGCCUCAAGGCCCAGAAAAAAGCAGCAGCUGGUAAAUCAAAGCCAAAGGAAAGUGCUGCAAAUCUGCAGAAACGCAAGGAGGCCGAUGCCGAGAUCUUGAGGGCUAAGCAGAAGAAAAAGGAAGAAGAGAAGGCUGCGGCGGACGCUGCUGCUGCUAAAGCGGGGGGAGGGAA